AUUGUUUAUCUGGAUGUCAAGUGCUCUAGAAGUGAUAAUUUCGACUUACAUCGUAAGUGAACUUUGUCCUUUAUCAUCUUGAAUUUGGCAUUACGGUCAAGGGCGCAGAUUUUAUCUAAGGAUACAGAACCAAAAUCGCAACAAAAAUUCAAAUCACGCACUUUGACUUCCAGACACAUCCAGAAACAACAUCGUUAUGGCGAUCACGAAUAUUGUAGUGAUUUUAACGUUUGUGACGUUUUUCAGUAUUAUUCAAGCCGAAGAAUUGCCCCCGUAUCUCAAGGUCUGUACAAGAAAAGAGGGCGAUAUAGCUCAAUGUGUUAAACGCGCCAUCGAGGGUCUCCGACCAAUAUUCCUCGAAGGAGACAAAGCUCGAAAUAUACCAUCAUUGGAACCCCUCGAGGUGGGAGAUUUGCUGGUGGGCGACUACGGUCGUAGCAACGGAGGUCUACGGAUUUCUGCUACGGAAAUCAUGGCUAAGGGCGCCUCCAAUUUCCGUAUUGAUAAAAUAAGCGGAGAUCUUGAUAAACUAGAAUUUUACUUUGAAGUAUUACUACCUCGUCUUGAGACUACAGGAAAAUAUGCUGUAGAUGGAAAUGUAUUAUUAUUACCUAUUAAGGGUAGUGGACCAUUUACUGGAAAUUUCACUGAUAGUGUAGGAAAAGCUGUAAUGCAAGGAGAAAUUGUCGAAAAAGAUGGCCAAAAACAUAUUAAAUUCACCGAUUUAAAUAUCAAGAUCAAAGUUGGAAAAGGUCGCUUGCAUUUGAAGAAUUUAUUCGGUGGUGAUAAAGCUUUAGGUGAUAUAAUUAAUCAUACGAUUAACACAAACUUUGAAGUACUGAGUAAAGACAUAAUUCCAUUAAUCGAAAAAGCUCUGUCUAAAUUGAUCCUGAAAAUCUCGAACCAAAUUGUGGAACCAUACACAACCGAACAAUUAUACCCAGAUGAAUAAUGAUCGGAACAAAUGUAACAGUAUUUUUAAGAAAACAGAAAAUUAUUAUUUAUGAAAUAAGUUUAUUGGUUUAAUUUUAUAAAAAAUAAAAAUAUUUAAAAA